CCAUUAUAUCCGUCGAUGCCUCUUAUAGGUCCCUAAUAUAAUCAAUCAGCAUUAUAAAUGCAAGAGAGAAGAAAAGAAGAAAAAUAGGGAAGAAAUCGACUGCAAGAGGAAGAAAAGAAGAUAAGGCUUUUCUCUCUUUCGAGUUUGAAAACACCCAGAUUUGCCAUGGAAAAUGGUGUCGACACCGUAGAAAAACAUCAUCGGGAAGAAUCGACAUCCCUUCCAGAAGACUCUUUGCUGUCGCAAUCUGGAGACAAGCACGAAAGGAAGGAUUCCGAAGCGGAUGAUGUUUUCGAGGAGGCAAUCGAUUCUAAUCCCGACGAUGCUCAUGCCCAAAUGCAACAGCAGCAGCGGCCAUCUAAUUUGGAUGGCAGUGUUGUUGUUGAUGGAGGUGAGAAGUUAGGUAAGGUUCAGAGAGCGGAAGACAAUGGUGACUGUUACGAAAAUUUCGAAGAAGCAAUGGAUCGCCCUGAUGAAGAUCAGAGUCACCUAGAAGAGAAAAUGGUGGCGGCAGAUGUUGCUGAUGCUGUCAAUGGAGAAGAAGGGGAUGUGGAGGGCAUUCCAGCAGUGAUUGAAUUGAACAGGUCAGGAAUUAGAGGUGAGGAUGGGAUUGAAGUAGAGGAGAAGGAUGGGAAGUGUGAUGGUGUUUUUGUUCUUGAGAAGUCUGAAAAUGGGGAUUUUCGUAACGUCAGUCCGGGUGAGAUUGGGGUUGAAGGAGGGAUGGUUGAUGAGGGGAAAAAUGCUGGGGGAGUCCAGAUGGUGAUUGAAUCGAAUGGGUUGGAAGCUAAUGGUGUUGCUGGAAAAGGGGAAAGAGAUAGCCAUGGGUUUUUGUGUGAUCUGGUGGAUCACAAAGACGAGAAGGAUGUGACAACUGAUUGUGUUGUUUCUGGUGAUAAGUCUGAAAAUGGGGAUUUUGAUAAAGUGGAUAUGAAUGAGGCACUUGGUGUUGUCCUUGAGAAAUCAGAAAAUGGGGAUUUUGAUGAGGUGGGCACAAACGAGACGCUUGCGGCUGUCCUUGAGAAAUCAGAAAAUGGGGAUUUUGAUGCUGUGCAUGCGGAGGAGAUUGAAGAGAUUUUGGAUCAAGACGAGAGUCAGAAAAUGGGAGGUGCUUCAGCAUAUGCUUCUGUUAAUGAGGAGAAGAUUCCACGUCAAGAUGAGAGUCGGCAACUGGAAUAUGCUUUGGCUGAUGUUGGUGCUUCUGUUGAUGAAGACAAGAUUCCAAAUCGGGAGGGGAGUAAGAAAACUGAAGAUGCUUUGACGGUUGUGGGUGCCUCUUUUAACGAAGAGAAAAUUCCGCAUGAAGAUGAGAGUGAGCAAAUUAAAGAUGCAUCAUUGGUUGUUGGUAAUUCUGUUAAUGCAGAGAAGAUUACUCAUGGAGACAAGAGUCAGCAAUUGGAAGAUGCAUUGUCUGUCGUGGGAAGUUCUCCUGAUGAAGAGAAUAUUCUGUAUCAAGAGGAGAGCCAGCAAACAGAAGAUGCUAUGGUGGAUGGUAAUUCUGUUAAUGAUGAUGUAAACCCCCCUCGAGCUGAAAAUUCACCUCCUUUAGAAGUUCCUGUUGAAAUGGAUGAGAGACUUGAGACUGAAACAUGUAACUCAGAGCCUCAGCUAUCUGGUGAUAAUCAAGGAAUCCCGUCUGAGUCUUCUGAGGUUAUAGGUGGAAAUGAAGAGCUGGGCAGAGCUGAAGAGUCACGAAAACAAGAUGAGGGAGACAAGCUGAGCCUUGGCAAUGAGUCAAUUGCUGGCGAGUUGCUUGAGAGAGAAUCUGUUUCGGUGGAAGAGUACGACGAAUCAAGUUCAACUGAAGAAGAUGACAGCGAGUUGAUUAUGCAGCCUGCACAGGUGGUGCCUUCAUCUGCUGUGAACUCUGUGGACUUGCCUCCUCCUUCUCGUCCUGCUGGCCUUGGAUCUUCUGCCCCAUUGCUGGAACCUGCUCCUCGUGCUCUGCAACAGCCCCGAGCAAACGGAACCACACCACAGCGACAAUCUCAGCUUGUGGAAGACCCUGCUAAUGGCGAGGCAGAGGAGUAUGAUGAGACCCGUGAAAAGCUUCAGAUGAUUCGGGUGAAGUUCUUGCGGCUCGCUCACCGACUUGGUCAGACCCCCCAUAAUGUUGUCGUGGCCCAAGUCCUGUACAGGCUAGGACUAGCUGAGCAGCUGCGAGGGAGCAGAAACACGAGCCGAGCUGGUGCCUUCAGCUUCGAUCGUGCAAGUGCUAUGGCAGAGCAACUUGAAGCGGCUGGGCAGGAAGCUCUUGAUUUCUCUUGUACAAUUAUGGUUCUUGGAAAGACGGGAGUCGGCAAAAGCGCCACCAUCAACUCAAUCUUCGAUGAGGUUAAGUUCAGCACUGAUGCAUUUCAGGUAGGUACUACGAAGGUUCAGGAUAUAGUUGGGAUGGUUCAAGGUAUCAAGGUUCGGGUGAUUGAUACUCCUGGCCUUCUAUCAUCUUGUAUGGACCAACGCCGGAAUGAGAAAAUCCUCCACUCUGUUAAGCGUUUCAUCAAGAAAACCCCUCCGGAUAUUGUUCUGUAUCUUGAUAGGUUGGAUAUGCAAAGCAGGGACUUUGGAGACGUGCCCUUGUUACGUACCAUCACAGAUAUAUUCGGGCCUUCCAUUUGGUUUAAUGCCAUUGUUGUUUUGACCCAUGCUGCAUCUGCUCCACCUGAUGGCCCAAACGGUACUCCUUUGAGUUAUGAGAUGUUUGUGACUCAGCGUUCUCAUGUGGUUCAGCAGGCAAUUCGUCAAGCAGCAGGGGAUGUGCGCCUCAUGAACCCUGUUUCCUUGGUAGAGAAUCACUCAGCCUGCAGGACAAAUAGGGCUGGGCAGAGAGUCUUGCCAAAUGGUCAGGUUUGGAAGCCACAAUUAUUGUUGCUUUCAUUCGCAUCGAAGAUUCUAGCUGAAGCAAACACACUUCUGAAGUUGCAAGACAGCCCACCAGGAAAGCCUUUUGCAGCUCGUUCAAGGGUACCUCCCUUGCCUUUCCUUCUGUCAUCUCUUCUACAGUCGAGGCCACAGCUGAAACUGCCUGAGGAGCAGUUCGGUGAUGAGGAUGCUAUGGACGAGGACUUGGAUGAUGCAUCUGAUUCAGAUGAUGAGUCGGAAUAUGACGAACUCCCACCGUUUAAGCGUUUGACGAAGGCCCAGCUGGCAAAGCUGAGCAAAGCACAGAAGAAAGCUUAUUUUGAUGAGCUAGAGUACCGAGAAAAGCUUUUCAUGAAGAAACAGUUGAAGGAGGAGAAAAUGCGUCGGAAGCUGUUGAAGAAAAUGGCGGCAUCGGCUAAGGAUUUGCCAAAUGAUUACAAUGAGAACCUAGAAGAAGAAAGUGGUGGUGCAGCGUCUGUUCCAGUUCCUGUGCCGGAUAUGCCCUUGCCUGCAUCUUUUGAUUCCGACAAUCCCACCCACCGGUAUCGCUACUUGGAUAACUCCAACCAAUGGCUCAUUAGGCCAGUUCUAGAUAAUCAUGGUUGGGAUCAUGAUGUUGGUUAUGAAGGUUUAAAUGUUGAAAGGUUAUUUGUGGUUAAAGAAAAGAUACCUGUUUCUUUUUCUGGUCAGGUUACCAAGGAUAAGAAAGAAUGCAACCUCCAAAUGGAAUUAGCCAGUUCAAUAAAGCACGGUGAAGGGAAAGCAACUUCGUUAGGAUUUGAUGCACAGACCAUUGGAAAGGACAUGGCAUAUACUUUACGUAGUGAAACAAGGUUUAUUAAUUUCAUGCGCAAUAAAAUGGCUGCUGGUCUUUCAUUUACCAUGCUAGGUGAUGCCUUAACAGCUGGUCUGAAACUUGAAGACAAACUGAUGAUACACAAGCGGUUCAGAUUGGUUAUGACAGGGGGUGCGAUGACCAGUCGUGGCGAUGUUGCAUAUGGAGGCAGUUUGGAGGCCACUUUGAGAGACAAGGACCAUCCUAUAGGUCGGACGCUAUCGACCCUUGGACUCUCCAUCAUGGAUUGGCAUGGGGAUCUUGCAAUCGGCUGCAAUGUCCAAUCCCAGUUCCCUGUUGGACGAACCACCAACAUGAUCACACGUGCAAAUUUGAACAACAGGGGAUCAGGGCAGAUUAGCAUCCGCUUGAACAGCUCAGAACAACUUCAGAUUGCUUUGAUUGCCCUCGUUCCUGUUUUCAGAAAUAUCAUCAAGAAUAGGUUGUUUGGUUCUUCUCAAACCAUGUAGUAGGGGCAGUGAGGAAUGUUAUGCAUUGUGAGCAGCAGCUCUGCGGUACUAGGACAUACCCAUGACGGUGGGCAUUUACUUUUGGCCGGCAUCAACUGUGAGUGAAACUAAGCUGCUGGUUUAUAUUUCUUCAUGUUGCAAGAAUGCUUUGUCCUUUAUAUUACUAUGGUUUUUCCGAUGGCAUUUUGAAGUUGGUUAUUUUCAUCACAGUAGAGCUUAGUUAAAGACAGGGUUGCCUUAUUUCAAUUAAUGCCAUGAUGCAACUUUAUUGUUUUCUUCUUCAAA